GGCCAAAAGCCAGAAGCCAUCUGAGUCAGGGAAAUAUCAGAUAUUAGAUUCUGAAGAAAAUAUUAACAACGGUGGAGAUGUGCGUAGAAUGAUGCAUAACAUAUUCUGCAUAGGCUAUAGCCAACGAGGAGGAUUCCGAUAACCAUUAUCCUCAAAAAAACCACCGUCGCCGUUGCCGUUGCCUUUGCCAUUGCCAGCAAACUCGAUGUAUAUAUUCAGACUGGCAUAGAAAGAGACAGAGAUUGUGUUUGCCACUGAAUAUUCUCAACAAUAAUAUUAUUAAUAUUAUUCCGAAAUUUCAUCAGUUGCUCCGUUGCGGUGCGUUGCGGUGUGAUAAAUGACAUGUCAAAAUCCAGUUGUCGUCGACGUUGAUGUUGCUGCAGCUGCUAAGGAAGAGGGUUGUUGUUAGGCCACCUGCCUCUUUUACCUUGCUUUCAUUUCAUCGAUCCUUUCUCGUUACUUCCCAAUUGCCAAUUGGGAUUUGGAAUCUUUGGAUUUUUGAAAUCGUUAAUUCCAAAGCGACAACCCAAAGCCAAACACUAUAUAACCAUCCAAUCCAAUCUCACACUCGAUUUCAUCACACCGCCAUUAAUAUUAGAGAAAGAAAGAAAGAAUCAAGAGGAAUGCGAAAUGCCUCCGCUCCCGAUGAAACUCAAGCAAUCUUCUGCUUCCGCUUCUUCUACCAAUCAAUCCCUCACCACAACCGCCACCAGCGCGCAGGAAGCGCGCCUUCUCGUCCGUGAGACGCUGCGUAUCAGUGCCACCCUCGCUUCCUUCGCUCCCUCCCAGUCCCAGGCCCUGCCUUUGGACGCCCAACCCCCCAAGCAGCAUCUUCCCCAGCUGCUCCACCACGAUCAGGAUUUUGUGGGCUCCAGCUUCCGUUUGAUUUGCUGCGAGGAGAUCGACGGCCGUCGAUGGAACUACGUCGCCGAGCCCGAUUCCUCCUCCUCCUCCUCUGCAACCACCUUCAGGAAGGGCUCUUUUCGCGCCCUUAGCUUGCACAGCCCUCAACCCCCUCUCGACGGGUUGAUGUCUUUUGUAAGGUCAUAUGUUGUCCCAGAAGGUUUCCCUGAUAGUGUAAUCCCUUCCUAUGUCCCCUACAUGACAUGGAGAGCUCUCAAGCACUUCUUUGGUGGCGCAAUGGGUGUUUUUACAACACAAACCCUUUUGAAUUCAGUUGGGGUCUCUAGAAAUACAUCUGCUUCUGGGGCUGUUGCUAUCAACUGGAUUCUCAAGGAUGGUGCUGGGCGUGUUGGAAAAAUGCUUUUUGCCCGACAAGGAAAGAAAUUUGAUUAUGAUCUAAAACAGUUGCGGUUUGCUGGUGAUCUUCUCAUGGAAUUGGGUGCUGGAAUAGAGUUGGCAACUGCAGCUGUCCCUCACCUGUUUCUUCCUUUGGCUUGUGCAGCUAAUGUGGCAAAGAAUGUUGGUGCUGUUACAUCAACAUCAACUCGGACACCAAUUUACAAAGCAUUUGCAAAAGGAGAAAACAUUGGAGAUGUGACAGCUAAAGGAGAAUGUGUUGGCAAUAUUGCGGAUCUGCUGGGAACUGGCCUGAGUAUAUUGAUCUCAAAAAGAAAUCCAUCUCUGAUAACUACAUUUGCGCUCCUUUCAUGUGGCUAUGUUCUCAGCUCCUACCAAGAGGUUAAAUCUGUAGUAUUGCACACCUUGAACCGAGCGAGAUUCGGUGUGGCAGUAGAUGCCUUUCUUAAAACAGGGCGAGUGCCGUCAUUGCUGGAAGGAAACUUGAAGGAAAACGUUUUCAAUUUUCCCUGGGUGAAAGAUGGGCCUAUCGUUCUUGGACAACGAUUUAAAGAUGCAUUCCAAGAGCCAAGUGUAUACCUUGCGAUAGAGCCGUUCUUUGAGAAAGAGAAAUAUGUUGUGACAUAUAAUCCUUCAAAAGGUAAAGUGUACGCAUUGUUCAAAGAUCAAGCGAAGUCAGAUGACAUUCUAAAAGCGGCAUAUCAUGCUCAGGUACUUCUGCAUUUCAUGCAAUUAUCAUACAACAGUCAGCAUCUGUAUCAGAAGGACAAGAAAGAUGAAUUUUUAAACUUCGAGCCCACAGCUAAAGAUCUGGAGGCAUGCAUUGUUGAGUCAUGUAACAUGGUCUCAACUUCUUAUGGGAUUUUCAAGAGUAAAGCUAAAGAACAGGUAAUUGAUUUUCAACAUUUUUAACUUUAUUAUUUUGUC